GUCGCUGGAGGCGGCGCCGCACGCGGGGUCCGGGGGCAGUAGCGGAGGCGGCGGUGGCGACGGCGUCAUCCCGCGUAGCAAGCGAAACUCUGUCACGUCGGAGCUCUUCCAGAUGUGGCUCGCCUCCUCGCCCGUCAAGAAGGCCAAGUCGCCCAGCAGGCCUGUGGCGAUGGGUCCGCGACGCCAGCAGCUAGGCCUGCUGGACGAGAGCGAGCUCUUCAUGGAGCUGAUCCGCGACGUCGCCAACGAGCUGGACAUCGACGUGCUGUGCCACAAGAUCCUGGUGAACGUGGGCCUGCUGACGCACGCCGACCGCGGCAGCCUCUUCCUGGCGCGCGGGCCGCGCGACGCCCGCUACCUGGUGGCCAAGCUGUUCGACGUCACCGUAGAUACGGAACUGGAGGACGCGGUGAGACGCGCCAGCGCCGAGGAAAUCCGUAUCCCUUUCGGCGUCGGCAUAGCUGGCGUCGUGGCGCAGAGCAAGCAGGUCAUCAACAUCAAGGACGCCUACCAGGACCCGCGCUUCAACAGCGAGAUCGACCUGCGGACGGGCUACAAGACGAACCUCAUCCUGUCGAUGCCCAUCUGCAACUACGAGGGUGACGUCAUCGGCGUCGCGCAGAUCAUCAACAAGACCAACGGCACCCAGGAGUUCACCCCGCGGGACGUUGAGGUGUUCCAGCGCUACCUCACCUUCUGCGGCAUCGGCAUCCAGAAUGCGCAGCUGUUCGAGAUGUCCGUGCUGGAGUUCCGCAGAAACCAGAUCCUGCUGAACCUGGCGCGCAGCAUCUUCGAGGAGCAGAACAACCUGGCGUGCCUGGUGACCAAGAUCAUGACGCAGGCGCGCGACCUGCUCAAGUGCGAGCGCUGCGCCGUCUUCCUGCUCGACACCGACUGCUGCGAGGCGAGUCACCUGGAGAAAAUCCUGGAGCGGCCAAACAGGGCGAUGCCGGAGAGGAAGCCACUCUGCAGGAGGGAGAGCAAUAACGUGAACAUAGAAGAUAUCUUCCACCAUAAGCAGCAGAGUGCCACCUUCACGACGGUGUUCGAGCUGAGGCUGGCGGACGAGGAGGCGAGAGUGCUGCGGCCUGACCAGAGCCAGCUGGACCGCUGGCCGCUGGCGCAGAUCGCCAGAUACGUCGCCGGCACCGGCCAGAUCCUCAACAUCGGCGACGUGUCCUCGUGGAUGAACCAGGAGGUGCGGGAGGACGACGACGACUUCGUGGCGCGCAGCAUACUGUGCAUGCCCAUCGCGAACGGCCAGAAGACCGUCAUAGGAGUCGCGCAGCUCAUCAACAAGACGAGCGGCCAGCCCUUCACCGACUGCGACGUUUCGAUCUUCGAAGCGUUCGCCAUCUUCUGCGGCCUCGGCAUCCACAACACGCAGAUGUACGAGAACGCCUGCAAGCUGAUGGCGAAGCAGAAGGUGGCGCUGGAAUGCCUGUCGUACCACGCGACGGCGUCGGCGGACGACACGGCGCGACUCAACCAGGACAACAUCCCGUCCGCGGAGUGCUACAACCUCUACAGUUUCAAGUUCAACGACUUCGACCUGACUGACGAAGACACGUGCAGAGCGACGGUGAGGAUGUUCCUGGAGUGCAACCUCGUCAAGCAGUUCCACAUCCCUUACGACGUGCUGUGCCGGUGGAUCCUGAGCGUGAAGAAGAACUACCGGCCCGUCAAGUACCACAACUGGAGGCACGCCCUCAACGUGGCGCAGACCAUGUUCGCGAUGCUCAAGACGGGCAAGAUGGAGCGCUUCAUGACCGACCUCGAGGUAUUAGGUCUGCUGGUGGCAUGUUUGUGCCACGACUUGGACCACAGGGGAACAAACAAUGCGUUUCAAACGAAGACUGAGUCACCUCUGGCAAUUCUGUACAGUACGAGUACCAUGGAGCACCACCAUUUUGACCAGUGCGUCAUGAUUCUCAACAGCGAGGGCAACAACAUAUUUCAGUCCUUGUCGCCUGAGGACUAUCGAUAUGUAAUGAAAACAGUCGAAAAUGCUAUAAUUUCGACUGACUUAGCAAUGUACUUCAAAAAGAAGAACAGUUUCAUGGAACUGGUUGAAAACGGAGAGUUUGACUGGCAAAGUGAAGGUAAAAAGGAAUUGCUGUGCGGCAUGAUGAUGACGGCGUGCGACGUCAGCGCCAUCGCCAAGCCGUGGGAGGUGCAGCACAAGGUUGCCAAGAUGGUGGCCGACGAGUUCUUCGACCAGGGCGACCUCGAGAAGCUGCAGCUCAACCAGCAGCCCAUCGCAAUGAUGGACAGAGAAAGAAAGGAUGAAUUACCACAGAUGCAAGUGGGGUUCAUAGACGUGAUAUGUCUUCCACUGUACAAGGUGCUGUCUGAAACUUUCCCGUGGAUACAGCCGCUGUACGACGGCUGUCUGGAGAACAGGCAGCACUGGCAGGAUCUCGCCGAGAAGGUCGAGAUGGGACUCACCUGGAUCGACCACGACACCAUCGACAAGCCGGUUGAGGAAUUUUCAACUAGUUCGGAACCUAAGGACAUCGAAUUUACUGUCACCACUCUGAACUGUGCCCAUGGUGCAGAGAAAAAGGUACCUAGCAAAGAAGUUUCAUUUUUUCCACCAUCACUCAGUGUGAAAAAAGAAGGAGAGGCGAUCCCGCCGGCGCGCAAGCUGAACGGCAGCACUGGGGCGGCGGCCAGCAGCGCGGUGGCAGCGGUCGGGGGCGGCGGCGGGGGCGGCGCCCUGACGCUCGGCCUGGGGGAC